AUGCAGCAGCUGAGGUUGGUUUCAAAAGCUGUCAGCCUGCCUCAAUCGGAAAGAGAUGCCACCUUCAUUAGCAGCUGCGGCUUUGCAGGCAAACCAAACCCUUUGCUGGGUGCACCCGAUGCAGCAGAAGCGGCUGCCAGAGCCAUGGAUAGCCCCACAUGUGCAAAAGGCAUUGACGGCAGCCCAGAUUUGACUUCUGCGAGCACGAUUGCGGCAUCAAGCGGUCCUAUAGAUGAUUUGGAAGACUGUGGAGAGAGCGGCAAUCCAUUUGACAAGGACGUUGGUCCAGAUGACUUGGAGCAGGACAGCCGACACGUGGAGAGUUUGCCCGAGAAGCAGCCGGAGCUGAGCCCUGCCGAGAGGCCUUUUUGGCAGAGCCUUAGCGCGGCAGCGUGUGCGUUGAUGCUGGCAGUGCAGCCAGUGCAGGCGUUUGAGGAUCUCAAUCCUGCAGAGUCUUUGUCCGUGGAGUUGUUCCAGAAGAACACUCCAGGGGUCGUGUUCAUCACUAACGAGGUUUUCAAGCUCUCACAGUCAGAGCUCCAGGCUGUUCCAAAGGGAACUGGCAGCGGCUGGGUCUAUGAUGAUGAGGGUCACAUUGUCACCAACUAUCAUGUCAUUGAGCAAUCAAGCUUUGUCACCGUAAAGUUCAUUGAGGGAACUGAGGUGGUGGCAAAGGUAGUGGGAGCGGACCCUUACAGCGAUGUUGCCGUUCUCAAGGCCGAACGAGCAGCACCUUCGUAUAUUUGA